GGCACAAAUAGUGAUAAUUUUAUAGAAAAAAUUAUAUAUUUUACAAAAGGUUUAAUAGCCAAGCAUGUUCAAUUUUCAGCUAUUUCAGUAGAAUAUUCACUUACUGAUUCAGAAGGCUAUGCAAUUG